UUCACUACAGCUCCCAUGCCGUUCUGUUAUAACUUGAACUUAAAUUAUUAACUGCCAAGGAAAAGUUCAAUACAGAAUGUUUGGCUUACGAGUUCUAUCUGUGUUCAGUGUAAUUCUUGUGCCAAUAAUCCUUACAGCAAAAAUUGAAACAGACUGGUUUGAGACGCUAAAAGGAGAAAGGGCACCAAGACUUCCUCUACUAGAAUUUGAUCACAAAAGUUACUAUUUGGGAAUAAUAUUUAAGGGAAGCUACUUCCAAGCCGAACAAUUCUGUAGAUAUCAUGGGAUGCAACUGUUGAGCAUAACAUCGGCAGAAGAGAAUGACUUCUUAGGGCAAAAUGUUAUUAAAAUGGGACUGUCUACUGAGCGGUUCUGGACUUCGGGAUCUCGACUGCCAGAUGGUAAGACGUGGGUAUGGAUGUCUACUGGUAGGCCAUUCUCUUUCAAUAACUGGUUUCCUGGUGAACCCAACAACGCCAAAGAGUACAACGAGCAGUGCGUGGAGACUAAAAUAAACAAGGAUGAGCUUAAGUGGAAUGACGUGAAUUGUACAAGACAACUAUACUUUAUUUGCGAAAUAUCUUGGCCCACGGAUUGCUAUAAAUUGUUAGAAAAAAUUAAUUCUACGCAAGUUAGUGAUGUGAAUUUACCUGCUGGUCUGAUAGAUGUUAGAAUUCAGCCUUAAAAUAUGGUGGAUCAGAAAAAAAAAACAAGUUAGAUUAUACAAUGGAUUACAUUUUACUUGUAUGUAUCUUCUGAAGCAAUAAUAAAAAAUACUGAAUGUAUAUUUUGAAUAAUGUA